AUGAUCUAUUCAAUAAUGUUACACUAUUUACCGCAUAGUCAUGGUACCUCUUUAAACCGGUUUGACGCUGAAAAUGAAGCUCUUAUCAAUGAGUACUUUUCAUCUGAAAAAAUGGAUGAAGCAGCUGAGAAUUGUGUACGCCUUGUCAAUAGUAGAACUUAUAGUAGCAACACUAAUAAUAAUAAUUACUAUAAAAAAAAGAAAAGUAGUAUUAAAGUUGAACAAGAAUAUGAUACUGAUGUUAUAGAUCCAGCCUUACUUUCAUAUGAAGUACGCAAAUUAAAAUGGAGAAAUUGUAUCAUCAAAGAAUUGGAUCGUAUUAACCGUGGUCUAUUCCAAUGGAAUCCAACUUCACUAUUAAAAUUUAAUGAAGAAUAAGAAAAUAUAAUUGAAACAGUGCAAUGAAUAUUUUUUAAAAAGUACUCUAUCAACAGCAAAAACAAUAAUAAAAAUAACAUUAACUACAGAUAAACAAAAAAAGUGUUGAACAAUUUUCAAUACACAUAUAUAUAUUCCAUUUCAAAACAAAUCAAAAAACCCGCCAAAAAUUUUAAAACACAAAUUAAAACAAAAACAACAGUAAAGUAAUAAGAAAGACAGCUAUUCAAUGUUUACUAAGAUUUUUAAUUUUAAAACAAAAAAUAAAAUCAGUAUUCAACUGCAUCAAUGUUAUCUUUAUAGAUCUCUUCUACUCAAUUUCAAAAUACAUAACAAGUUUAAAUAAGAAUAAAAUAAAUGAAAAAAAAUAAAUUUCUACAAGACAAUGAAUAAAUUAAUGUACUUUUAAAUCUUUUUUUCCAGCAUUUUAAUGUUUGUCAUCGAUGUCUCUCCUGUGGCUGUUACUCGUCAUCAUCAUCAUCAUUAUCA